UAGCUCUGUUCUCUUUGUUCUACUGGCGUUCGUCAUUUAAAAAACUUUCCGACAACAAAAUGGAGAAAAAGAAUUCCCGAAAAGAUGGGUAUAACAACAAAUCCUUAAGUCCUUCAAUAUGCAAUACGUUAACAACUAAUCUUGAGUUAAUGUCUACUCGAUUGGAUUUGCCUUCUCGAUCGAACCCAACUCACUUAUGUGAAAGAAAGGAUCAAUAUACAAUUUUGACUCCUAAAUUGUUCGACUCCUCCGGAAGUACUGGUCGGCGUUAUGAAAGAAAUGAUCAAUCAGCAAAUUCGAGUUCAUUCAGUUCUGAAUACUCCGCAACUUAUCAUAAUGUUUGA